AUGAAUUUCACCCUGCAGCGUGGGACACUCCAGCCUCUCCACUUCUGGAACCACAGCUAUGGAGCGCAUGGAGGUGCCGGCGAGCCGAACACCAAGGGCCACUCUUCGGGAGGCUGCUACGAGCAACUCUUUGUUUCCCCCGAAGUGUUUGUGACUCUGGGCAUCAUCAGCUUGCUGGAGAACAUCUUGGUCAUUGUGGCGAUAGCCAAGAACAAGAACCUCCAUUCGCCCAUGUACUUCUUCAUCUGUAGCUUGGCAGUGGCGGACAUGCUAGUGAGUGUAUCCAAUGGAUCAGAAACUAUCGUCAUCACGCUGCUAAACAACACAGACACAGAUGCACAGAGCUUUACCAUAAACAUUGACAAUGUCAUUGACUCAGUGAUUUGCAGUUCCCUGCUUGCAUCAAUUUGCAGUCUCCUCUCAAUAGCAGUGGACAGGUAUUUUACCAUCUUUUAUGCCCUUCAGUACCAUAACAUCAUGACGGUGAAGCGCGUAGGGGUCAUCAUUACAUGCAUCUGGGCUGCUUGCACAGUCUCAGGCAUUUUGUUCAUCAUUUAUUCUGACAGCAGUGUUGUCAUCAUCUGUCUUAUCAGUAUGUUCUUCACCAUGCUCAUUCUCAUGGCCUCCCUCUAUGUCCACAUGUUCAUGAUGGCCCGGAUGCAUAUCAAAAAGAUUGCGGUUCUUCCAGGAACUGGCCCUAUUCGCCAAGGGGCCAAUAUGAAAGGGGCCAUCACUCUCACCAUCCUGAUUGGAGUUUUUGUUGUGUGCUGGGCCCCAUUUUUCCUGCACCUGAUCUUCUACAUCUCCUGCCCCUACAACCCUUACUGUGUAUGCUUCAUGUCCCACUUUAACUUUUACCUCAUCCUCAUCAUGUGCAAUUCCAUCAUCGAUCCACUUAUCUAUGCAUUCCGGAGUCAGGAGCUCAGAAAAACAUUCAAGGAGAUUAUAUGCUGUUGUAGCUUGAGAGGGCUUUGUGAUUUGCCUGGCAAAUAUUAA